GUGACGCCACCAGAGGCUUCGUCAUGAAGCCUUCAUCUGGCAACGGUGUUUUGUACUCGUGUGUAAUUGUAUAUACAGUAAAUAGGUAGCGUAAAGUGAUCGAGUUGAUAAUUGUUCCGAUAAUAUUAAACAUGAUGGAUUACGAAUUUAAAAUGAAAACCCAAAAAGAUCGGACAAAGGUUGAGGAUCUUUUCGAAUUUGAAGGAUGUAAAGUUGGAAGAGGAACGUAUGGACACGUCUAUAAAGCUCGUAGAAAGGAAGGUGUACCAGAUAGUGAAUUAAAAUCCCGGCCAGAUACAAAGGAUUUUGGUCUUAAACAAAUUGAAGGAACAGGCCUUUCUAUGUCUGCAUGUCGUGAGAUUGCACUACUUAGGGAAUUAAAACAUGUGAAUGUAAUUACAUUAAUAAGGGUUUUUCUAUCGCAUAAUGAUCGCAAAGUAUGGUUACUAUUUGAUUUUGCAGAACAUGAUUUGUGGCAUAUAAUCAAGUUUCAUAGAGCAGCAAAGGCUAAUAAGAAACCUGUUAUGGUACCAAAGGGUAUGGUCAAAUCUUUGUUGUAUCAAAUCCUGGAUGGUAUUCACUAUUUACAUUCCAACUGGGUGCUCCAUAGAGAUUUGAAACCUGCAAAUAUUUUAGUAAUGGGAGAAGGAAAUGAAAGAGGAAGAGUGAAAAUUGCAGACAUGGGUUUUGCUAGAUUGUUUAAUGCUCCUCUAAAACCUCUGGCAGAUUUAGAUCCAGUUGUAGUAACAUUCUGGUAUAGAGCACCGGAAUUACUUUUAGGUGCUAGGCAUUAUACAAAAGCUAUAGAUAUAUGGGCAAUCGGUUGUAUAUUUGCAGAACUUUUAACAUCUGAACCUAUAUUUCAUUGUAGGCAGGAAGACCUAAAAACUAGCAAUCCAUAUCAUCAUGAUCAAUUAGAUAGGAUAUUCAAUGUGAUGGGAUUUCCUUUGGAAAAAGAUUGGGAAGAUAUUAAAAAAAUGCCAGAGCAUCCUACAUUACUAAAAGAUUUUAAAAGACAAAAUUAUGCGAACUGUUCACUCACAAAAUAUAUGGACCGACAUAAAAUUAAGCCCGACAGCAAGGCAUUUAAUCUGCUCCAAAAAUUAUUAAUGAUGGAUCCUAAUAAACGAAUAACAUCUGAACAUUCUAUGCAAGAUGCUUAUUUUCAAGAGGAACCACUGCCAACGCAAGACAUAUUUGCUGGAUGCCCAAUUCCGUAUCCUAAACGAGAAUUUUUAACGGACGAUGACACAGAGGAAAAGACUGAAAAUAAAGCACGACAGAAUCAACAACAAAAUCAACAAAAUCAACAACAGCAACAAGGAAACGACGAUCAUAACCACGGACAAAACGCGAAACGGGUAAGACUAAAUGGACCUCAUGGAGCUCCAGAAUUUCACCAACAUCAAAGUCACGCCAUGACUCAUCAACAACCACCUGGCAUGGUUUAUUCUACUGCUCAACCAACGCAGCCGUCAAAUUUUCAUCAACGAUUUUGAAAGAUCAUUAUAACGAAUGGACUUGUUAUUCGAAUAAUUAAAUUACUAGAUUCUCAAUUUAAUCAAUUUCUGUAUCAAUGAGGAAAGUCACCGACUCCUGUGUAUAUUUCUUCACAGCAAAGUAAUAGAAUUUAAUUUAUAUAUUGUAAAAUACGUGCAUAUAUAGUGCAAAGUAUUUUUUACACCGUAGCGUACCUCAACUUUUAUGAUGAACAUCGAAAUGAAUUUACUGAUGAUAAAGAAAAUUUAAUGAUCCUAUGCAAAUUGAUAUAUCUGUUAUCUGUAAUAAUUGAUGUCAAUAAAUUUUUAUGACAACGUA